GACAGAUAUCGUAUUCGAGUGCAACGCGCCAAGACUCUCUUCAUCAAACCCUCUGCAACAUUAGCGAGUGCAUUACCAGAAAAAGCGUUUCAAGACACUGAAAUAGAGCUCAGAAGAGUUAAUUUAAUAACGACACAGGUCAGUCAGUUCAGUUUCUUCUCUUCUCUUCUCUUUCUUUCUUUCUUUCUUUCUUCUUUCUUUUCUUUCUUUCUUUUCUUUCUUUCUUUCUUUCUUUUCUUUCUUUCUUUCUUUUCUUUCUUCUCUUUUUUCUUUCUUUCUCUUUUUUCUUUUCUUUUUUUUUAUUCUCCUGCACUCGGUGAUGCGUCUUGGUUGCGUGCCUCGGACUGCGCCUGGUGUGUGAUGGACCUCUGGAGGUGUCUGUGUCCCCGGGGUGCAAGAGGACACCAGCAAGCUUAGGACCGACAGUGAAAUCGGGCCCGGAGCACCUCAUGUGUGGGGCUUCCUCCUCUGUGUUCUCGUCCCCACCUUCCUUCAUCCUCCCAGCUUCAGUGGGAUGUCCCAGGUGGGUCUCCUCUUGGCCUUGCUCGUGCUCUGCAGCUGCACAAAGGUGUCUUCAGCCACAUCCCUGGAGCGUCUGAAGGAACAGUGGAGCAGCUACAAGAACCAGUGUUUAGACUUUUUAAACUCUGUACCCCCCACAACAGCAGGGGCAGUGUGUAAUAAGACCUUUGACCAGUAUGCCUGCUGGCCUGAUGGACUCCCUGGAACCACAGUCAAUGUCUCGUGCCCUUGGUUCUUGCCAUGGCAUUAUAAAGUCCAGCAGGGUUUGGUGUACAGAUUCUGUGGCAAAGAUGGUAGAUGGGCCCAGAAGAAUACCAGUGAAUGUGAGGAUGACCCUGGCCAGCAGCAGUAUGGUCGCAUCCUCAGUCAGUUUCGGAUCAUGUAUACUGUGGGAUACUCGCUUUCUCUGGGAGCUCUGUUACUGGCCCUGGGAAUCCUCAUCAGCUUCAGGAAGCUGCACUGCAUGAGGAACAACAUCCACAUGAACUUGUUUGCCUCCUUCAUCCUGAGAGCCGUGUCCAUUCUGGUCAAAGAUGCCUUGCUGACUCUUACGUUGGACCCCACGGGCAGUGGUGAAAGUCGGGUUCAAACCUGGAUCAACAUACCGGCUGUCAUGUGGUGUCGGGGCGCUAUGGUGAUGAUGCAGUACACCGUGAUGGCCAACAACUAUUGGCUGCUGGUAGAGGGCAUCUAUCUGCACAGUCUGCUCGUCAUCACUGUGUUUAGUGAGAAGAAGUACUUUUACAUUUACAUGGCCAUCGGUUGGGGAGCACCACUCGUAUUUGUUUCGCCCUGGAUCACAGUGAAGUACCUCUAUGAGAAUGAAGAGUGCUGGGAGAGAAAUAUUAACAUGGGAUUCUGGUGGAUCAUUCGUUCCCCAAUAUUGGUUGCUUACCUGAUAAAUUUCUUCAUUUUUGUACGAAUCAUCAAAAUCUUGAUGUCUAAACUCAGAGCUCAUCAGAUGAGAUACACAGACUACAAAUUCAGAUUAGCAAAGUCCACCCUGACUCUUAUCCCUCUGCUGGGGAUUCACGCCAUUCUCUUCACCUUUGUCAUCGACGAGUCCGUCCCAAAAGGUUCCAUGCUGCGCCUGAUACGGCUCUUCUGUGAUCUCCUGUUCAACUCCUUCCAGGGGCUGCUCGUUGCCAUCUUGUACUGCUUUGUCAACAAAGAGGUGCAGUCAGAAAUGCUGAAAAAGUGGAAGCGGUGGAAGCUGGGUAAAGAUAUUGACGAGGAGUACCGACACACCCACAGCCAGACGCCACACGUCAAAAGCGGCAGCAUCGCCACUGGAAACCUGCCUGAUCUCCUUGACAAUAACACCAGUGACCCGAGUGGGGGCUCAUUGGGGACACCUCAACACAAAAAAGCUGACAGAGGCUCAUCCAGCCCCACAGCGACUGAUGAAAACCGCCAGUUGGUCGUGUCCUACAGCAACAAGAUGGGGAAAGUCAGCAAACACACCUUUCACCUCUCCUUCCUUCCCCAGCGAGGCUCCGCCAGCCAUGCCAGCAGCACCCCGGAGGACCUGUGUCUAAAAGAGAGGGCGCAGUGCCACUCUUACCCAUUGGAAGGAAAAGAAACCAAUGUCUGAAGAUUACAUGAAUGUGCACUGAUGCUUUUAAACCAAUGAACGAGUUAAAAGGAACAUGUAAUGGUUUGAGAAAAAAAAUAAACAAGACCUGAGGGACAUGCAGACAAAUUGAUGAGUCCAACUAAAAUCAUGUGCGUGACUGCGUUAGUGACGGUGUACUUUUAAUGUUGUCGGAAAUAUGCUUCUGUUGUAUGUGUCUUUGUUGCAUUGGAUUUGCAUUUGUGCUACUCGACAACACGACUCUCUCAGUAUCAAUGCCUUUGAAAAAGGUUGAUGGACUACAGCAUGCAUCACUUGAACGCAUCAGCACUUAGAGCAGUCCUUAAAGUAUUACAGCAGAAUGACUACUAGCGCAUUGUUUAAAUGUUUUUUUUAAGUGACCAAAGCCAAAUAGGUGGAGAAUUAUGUAUACAUGUGUGUUGUUCAAUGUAUUGUUACAUUUUUCAAUGUUUUAUCUAUAUUUUGGUAAAUGUAUAAUGGUGAAAUAUGGGUGUAAUGUUUGACUGUACUGGCUGCCACAUCUAGAUGUUUUGAAAUGGUGUCAUUUUCACUCAAAGACAAUACCUAGUAUCAUGCUGGCAUUGUAAGAUUUGAAAAGCAAUGUAACACAAAUUGAGCGCUUGUGUUGCAGUUGGUGAUGCUGCUUUAAAUCACCAACAUCAUGCAAUUCUGUCAUCGCUCACAUUUUCACCUCUCUAUUUUAUCGGAAGGAUGCGCGCACAUGCAUAAUUGUACGGAGCGCGUUUGCUCAAAAGUCCUUGCACAAUAACUUUCCAUUGUAAGGGGAAGGCCAUGCAUUUUGUUGCUGCUGCACUAGCAGUUCUUUUGAAAGAAUAGCACCGUCACUGACGUGAUCUUUGUACACAUUUUCUUCUUCCAUUGAAGCAGAAUGUGCCACGUGUAGCCAAUGGCUUUUUUAUUAUUUAAAAAAAUAUAUAUAUGAGUGAAAGAUGUAUUUAUCUUUUAUUUUUUGUUUUUUAUUUAUUUUCCUUCAGAUUAUAUGGCAAAGAUUAAUUUGUUGUACUGGAGUAUGACAACAUGGAAUUUAGUCUGUAAAUAUGUAUAUAGUGGGUAAAAUAAAAUAUAAAAACAAAUGAAGGAUAGCUGACUCAAGUCUUAAAAAAACCACUUAACAUUUCAAAAGUCAGAUGAGCCUGAAAACAAAUUUAGCUAUGUGAAAACAGUAGUAGUACAUGAAAGUCGAUUUUUGUGUUGGAUUGUGUCUCUGUGCGUUCAAUUAAAUGUGUUCUGGGCAAUAAAACAAGUGUAUUCCAA